AUGGCCGCCUUUAGCUUCCGGAGCACCGGUUCCGUGUGACGUCAACUUGACGGAAUCCUAGGUAGGAGGAUUGGGAUAGGCGAGGGCAGUUCCGGCCCAGGGGCGGGGAUUAUGUAAUUUUCCCAGAAGCCCCACCUCGCCUCAGCCGGGCGGGGGAGAGGGAGGUCUCGCGCCUUCCCCGGGGUUGCGUCCCGCCCCGCAGGCUGCGCGCAGGCGCUGACGAGCCUCUCGCAUUCUACGUAACGGACGGCGGAGGCUACGUGAAGAGAGGCGCGGAGUGACUGAGCUACGGUUCUGGCUGCGUCCUAGAGGCAUCCGGGGCAGUAAAACCGCUGCGAUCGCGGAGGCGGCGGCCAGGCCGAGGGGCAGGCGGGGCAGGGGUGUCGGACGCAGAGCGCUGGGCCGGGUUUCGGCUUCGGCCACAGCUUUUUUUCUCAAGGUGCAAUGAAAGCCUUCCACACUUUCUGUGUUGUCCUUCUGGUGUUUGGGAGUGUCUCUGAAGCCAAGUUUGAUGAUUUUGAGGAUGAGGAGGACAUAGUAGAGUAUGAUGAUAAUGACUUCGCUGAAUUUGAGGAUGUCAUGGAAGACUCUGUUACUGAAUCUCCUCAACGGGUCAUAAUCACUGAAGAUGAUGAAGAUGAGACCACUGUGGAGUUGGAAGGGCAGGAUGAAAACCAAGAAGGAGAUUUUGAAGAUGCAGAUACCCAGGAGGGAGAUACUGAGAGUGAACCAUAUGAUGAUGAAGAAUUUGAAGGUUAUGAAGACAAACCAGAUACUUCUUCUAGCAAAAAUAAAGACCCAAUAACGAUUGUUGAUGUUCCUGCACACCUCCAGAACAGCUGGGAGAGUUAUUAUCUAGAAAUUUUGAUGGUGACUGGUCUGCUUGCUUAUAUCAUGAAUUACAUCAUUGGGAAGAAUAAAAACAGUCGCCUUGCACAGGCCUGGUUUAACACUCAUAGGGAGCUUUUGGAGAGCAACUUUACUUUAGUGGGGGAUGAUGGAACUAACAAAGAAGCCACAAGCACAGGAAAGUUGAACCAGGAGAAUGAGCACAUCUAUAACCUGUGGUGUUCUGGUCGAGUGUGCUGUGAGGGCAUGCUUAUCCAGCUGAGGUUCCUCAAGAGACAAGACUUACUGAAUGUCCUGGCCCGGAUGAUGAGGCCAGUGAGUGAUCAAGUGCAAAUAAAAGUAACCAUGAAUGAUGAAGACAUGGAUACCUACGUAUUUGCUGUUGGCACACGGAAAGCCUUGGUGCGACUACAGAAAGAGAUGCAGGAUUUGAGUGAGUUUUGUAGUGAUAAACCUAAGUCUGGAGCAAAGUAUGGACUGCCGGACUCUUUGGCCAUCCUGUCAGAGAUGGGAGAAGUCACAGACGGAAUGAUGGAUACAAAGAUGGUUCACUUUCUUACACACUAUGCUGACAAGAUUGAAUCCGUUCAUUUUUCAGACCAGUUCUCUGGUCCAAAAAUUAUGCAAGAGGAAGGUCAGCCUUUAAAGCUACCUGACACUAAGAGGACACUGUUGUUUACAUUUAAUGUGCCUGGCUCAGGUAACACUUACCCAAAGGAUAUGGAGGCACUGCUACCCCUGAUGAACAUGGUGAUUUAUUCUAUUGAUAAAGCCAAAAAGUUCCGACUCAACAGAGAAGGCAAACAAAAAGCAGAUAAGAACCGUGCCCGAGUAGAAGAGAACUUCUUGAAACUGACACAUGUGCAAAGACAGGAAGCAGCACAGUCUCGGCGGGAGGAGAAAAAAAGAGCAGAGAAGGAGCGAAUCAUGAAUGAGGAAGAUCCUGAGAAACAACGCAGGCUGGAGGAGGCUGCAUUGAGGCGUGAGCAAAAGAAGUUGGAAAAGAAGCAAAUGAAAAUGAAACAAAUCAAAGUGAAAGCCAUGUAAAGCCAUCCCAGAGAUUUGAGUUCUGAUGCCACCUGUAAGCUCUGAAUUCACAGGAAACAUGAAAAACGCCAGUCCAUUUCUCAACCUUAAAUUUCAGACAGUCUUGGGCAACUGAGAAAUCCUUGUUUCAUCAUCUACUCUGUUUGGGGUUUGGGGUUUUACAGAGAUUGAAGAUACCUGGAAAGGGCUCUGUUUCAAGAAUUUUUUUUCCAGAUAAUCAAAUUAUUUUGAUUAUUUUAUAAAAGGAAUGAUAUAUGAAAUCUGUGUAGGUUUUAAAUAUUUUAAAAAUUAUAAUACAAAUCAUCAGUGCUUUUAGUACUUCAGUGUUUGAAGAAAUACCAUGAAAUUUAUAGGUAGAUAACCAGAUUGUUGCUCUUUGUUUAAACCAAGCAGUUGAAAUGGCUAUAAAGACUGACUCUAAACCAAGAUUCUGCAAAUAAUGAUUGGAAUUGCACAAUAAACAUUGCUUGAUGUUUUCUUGUAUGUCUACAUUAAACUUGAGAAAAAGUAAAAAUUAGAAGACUGUAUGUAGUAAUGAAAUUUCAGGGACCCAGAACAUAAUGUAGUAUAUGUUUUUAGGUGAGAGAUGCUGAUAACAAAAUUAAUAGGAAGUCUGUAGGCAUUAGGAUACUGACAUGUACAUGGAAAAUUCUAGGGACAGGAGCAUCAUUUUUUCCUUACCUGAUACCACGAACCAGUGACAACGUGAAUGCUGUAUUUUAAGUGGUUGUAUGUUUAUUUUCUUGAGUAACAAAUGCAUGAAAAAUUAAUGCUUCACCUAGGUAAGAUCAUUGGUCUAUGUGAAAUCACAAAUGUUUUUUCCUUCUUGGUUGCUGCAGCCUGGUGGAUGUUCAUGGAGAAGCUCUGUUCUCUAUAUUAUGGCUGUGUGCCGUUGCUUCUCCCUCUGCUUUUAUCUUUUCCAUAGUUGAGGCUGGGUAUGUUCUUUCAAAGAAAUGGCCAUGAAUAUGUGUAAGUAUACUUUUGAAAAUGAGCUUUCCUAAACUAUUGAGAGUUCUUUCCGCCUCUUGCGGAAGCAACUCUUGGAGGAGAGGCCCAUGUAUCUGCACGAGCACUUAGCUUGUUCAGAUCUCUGCAUUUUAUAAAUGCUUCUUACCAAGAAAGCAUUUUUAGGUCAUUGCUUGUACCAGGUAAUUUUUGCCGGGGAUGGGUAAGGGUUGGGUUUUCUGGUGGGAGUGGGGUGGUGGGUAUUUUUUGUUGAUGCUUUAGUGCAGGCCUGUUCUGAGGCAAUAACAAGUUGCUGUGAAAACAGCAUGUGCUGCUGCCUUUGUAACUGCAUGGAAACUUUUCACAUGGGUUUUUCUCCAAGUUAAUACAGAAAUAUGUAAACUGAGAGAUGCAAAUGUAAUAUUUUAACAGUUCAUGAAGUUAAGUUAUUAAAAUAACAAUAACAAAACUUAAUUACUUUAAUAUUAUAUAAUUAUAGUAGUAGCCUUGUUUUACAAACCUUUAAAUUACAUUUUAGAAAUCAAAGUUGAUAGUCUUAGUUAUCUUUUGAGUAAGAAAAGCUUUCCUAAAGUCCCAUACGUUUGGACCAUGGCAGCUAAUUUUGUAAUUUAAGCAUUCAUAUGAACUACCUAUGGACAUCUAUUAAAGUGGUUGACAAAA